UAACCCGGGAUUUUAUUCUCCUUGCUUAAUCAGCAUGAGAUAAAAGAUUAUAUAGACACAGGUGUUGAGGUUACAUUUGAGUUUCUCGAGUCAAUUUAAGGCAUUUGAAGGUAAAAUGAGUUCCCUGGAAUCAGACAAGGCCAUGUCUCCUAAACUAACGGUGGAGUUGCUCAGGCAGCUUCGCCUCGCGAUGAAGAACUGUAAAUACUUUUCCGAGCCCAUACAGGCUUACAUCAUCCCCUCUGGAGACGCACAUCAGAGUGAAUAUAUCGCACCAUGCGACUGUAGACGUGAAUUCAUCUGUGGAUUCAACGGCUCGGCAGGUACGGCCAUAGUGACGGAGCAGCAUGCUGCCAUGUGGACCGACGGUCGCUACUUCCUGCAGGCCAGCCAGCAAAUGGACAACAACUGGACCCUCAUGAAGAUGGGGCUGAAGGAGACCCCCUCUCAGGAGGACUGGCUGAUCAGCGUUCUGCCAGAGAACUCCAAGGUGGGCGUGGACCCCUGGAUCAUCGCUGCAGACCAGUGGAAGAACAUGUCCAAGGCCCUGGCCGGUGCCGGCCACUCCCUGGUGGCCGUGCAGGACAACCUGAUAGACGCUGUGUGGUUGGACCGGCCCCAAAGACCCAGCACCCAGCUCAUGACCCUGGGCUUAGAGCGCACCGGUAUGUCCUGGCAGGACAAAAUCACAGCACUGCGCGCCAAGAUGCGGGAGAGGAAGAUCAACUGGUUUGUUGCCACGGCGCUGGACGAGAUUGCAUGGCUGUUCAACCUGCGUGGGUCAGACAUCGAAUACAACCCGGUGUUCUUUGCCUACUCCGUCGUGGGCAUGAAAACAAUCAGGCUGUUUGUGGACCUGAAGCGUCUGGAGGACCCGGCUGUCAGGCAGCACCUGCAGCUGGACGCCCCCAGCAGGCCCGAGCUCAGCAUCCAGGCGUCCCCCUACGAGGCGGUCCACACGGAGCUCCAGGCCGUGUGCGCCGCGCUGGGCCCCAAGGACAAAGUGUGGAUCUGUGACAAGGCGGGCUGCGCCCUCACACAGGUCAUCCCCAAGACCCACAGAUCCCAGAUCUCUUACACCCCACUCUGCCUGGCCAAGGCCGUCAAGAACGCCACCGAGAUCCAGGGAAUGAAAACGGCCCACAUCAAGGAUGCUGUCGCCCUUUGUGAGCUCUUUGCCUGGCUGGAAAAAGAGAUUCCAAAGGGCACCGUGACGGAAAUCUCCUCCGCAGAUAAGGCUGAAGACUUUCGCAGCCAACAAAAAGAUUUUGUCGGCCUAAGUUUUCCCUCAAUAUCCAGUGUGGGUCCCAAUGGAGCCAUCAUACAUUACAGACCCCUGCCGGAAACCAACAGAACUCUCUCGCUAAACGAGGUCUACCUGCUCGACUCCGGGGCGCAGUACAAGGAUGGAACCACAGACGUCACGCGUACCGUGCACUUUGGAACCCCUUCUGCCUACGAAAAGGAGUGCUUCACCUACGUACUGAAGGGACACAUCGCUGUCAGCGCCGCGAUCUUCCCCAACGGAACCAAAGGCCACCUGCUGGACUCGUUUGCCCGUGCGGCGCUGUGGGAGGCGGGGCUGGACUACCUGCACGGGACGGGGCACGGCGUGGGCUGCUUCCUCAACGUCCACGAGGGGCCCUGCGGCAUCAGCUACAAGACCUUCGCCGACGAGCCCCUGGAGGCCGGCAUGAUCGUCAGCGACGAACCUGGCUACUAUGAAGAUGGAUCUUUCGGCAUCAGAAUUGAAAAUGUGGUGCUGGUCGUGCCAUCCAAACCCAAGUACAACUACAUGAACAGGGGCAGCCUGACCUUUGAACCUCUCACCCUGGUGCCCAUGCAAGUGAAGAUGAUGAACACAGACAUGCUGACUCAGAAAGAGCGGGACUGGGUGAACGACUACCACAGGCAGUGUAUGGAGACGGUGGGGGCGGAGCUCCGAAGACAGGGCAGGAAGGAGGCCCUGGAUUGGCUGAUCCGAGAGACCCAGCCCAUCGCCUGAGACCCCUCCCCUCACUCCCUUGCACUCGCAGAAUCCCUCGCCCCCCCCCCCCCCCCCCCCCCCCCGCCCCAACCAGCACCGAUCCUUUUGAUAAUGACGCAGGGUUCUGUGUUUCCAAUAGCUCUGCAGUGAUUGUCGUGGUACUCUGUGCCGUCUUCAUCUGUCACGCUCUGCUUCUUUUGUAAUUCGCAGCAUGGUGUACGCUGUUUUAACGUAAACACAUUAAAAUGGUAAUGAAAUCAA